AUGUUAAAGACACCUACGUUUGUAGGCGGCUCUACCACUACUCACGACGACUCUGUUGCGGCAUCGGCCGCAGCAAUGUCGUCGUUUGGUGUGGCAACGCCAGGUCGAGUUGUUGCGCUGUCUGCACAUGUACCCAGUUCAAUCGUUGAGCGAUACGUACGCAAUCCAGCGCCACUCGAUCCGAACGCACCCGAUAUACAGUCGACCAAGGCUGCAUUGCUCAUUGUGCGACUCUACUCACUGGUCAACUCGGGCGAGGCAGCUCCGCGCAGUCACCAAGCCAGUUACCUCUCCAUCAUCGAAGACAUCUUUCAGAUUAUCAUUGAGGAGGGAGGCGAUAUUCUCCAGGUGCUAAACGGUGCAGAGAUUGUUGCAGUCUGGAAUGAAUCCGACGAGGAGCUAUCAACCGUCAUACGAAGAGUUGCCAUCUGUGCACAAAAGAUUCGUUCUCAUCUUCAACAGAAAAUAGCAUGUCUUGGUGAUAAUAGCAAUAAUAGCAAUAGUAAUAAUAAUAGCUCAACAACCAAUAAUUUAUCAAACAGUCUAAACAGUAACAGCAUACAAAAUAAUAGUUUUCUAAACAAUAACAACAACAACCACAACAACAGUAACAAUAGUAUAGGAAAUAUUAAUGGAUUAUCAAAUACUACAAAUUCAUCUUUAUAUGUAUCAAAUUCAAACUCACAACAUCAACAUCAACAAUCUUUCAUAAACAAUAGUGUUCCUUUUGGGACAUCUGUAUCAGGUGCGUUGUCGACGCCGCAACCUAUAUCAAUACCAAUAUCAUCAACAUCAACAUCAACAUCAUCAUUUUCACAAUCAUUUCAUCCACAUCAUCAACAUCAACAACAAUCUUAUCAAACAUCUUCAUCAAUACCAAUAAAUGGAUAUAAUAAUUCAUUUAGUAAUCAUAAUCCAAAUAUAUAUGUAAAUAAUAAUAAUAGCAGCAGCAAUAAUAGUAGUAGUAAUAUUUAUCAUAAUAAUAAUAAUAAUAGUUAUAAUAACAAUAAUAGUAUAAGUAAUCAUAAUAGUGGUGGUAAUUAUAAUAACUUAAAUUUACCAUCAGUAACUUCAUUUUCAAAUUUCAAUAAUAUAUCGUCGUCGUCAUCGAUUUCAAGUCAGCAGCACCAUCAACAACAACAGUCAAAUGCAGGCAGUCCAAAUAUAAAUCAAUCUACAACUGCCAAUAAUAGUGGUAGUGGUGCAACUAGUUCAACGCCAUGCAACGAUCCACUUUUCAACAUAUAUAUAAGUUGUGGAGAAAUGUUUAUGGGUUCAGUUGGAGGUGAAAAUAAUAGUUGGUUAGAGUUAUUAGGUGGAGAUGCUUUCAUUGGAUUAAACAAGAUUAUCAGAGCGUAUGAAUCUAGGUAUGGAAUAUCAUCAUUCCCUGUCAAACUAUCGUUGGGCAGACUGCAGCCAACAAAGAACACCACCAGCAGUCUUGCAGUACACCAACAGCGCAUCAAGAAUCUUGUACAUUACAAUUCAUCACCACAACCACUACUCUCUGUGUCACCGGCAGGCAUUGCCGUGAUGGCCAACACCGCUCAACACUGUCAUUUGAAUCGUGUAUUUGGUCAGAUCAUUUUUGGUUCCGAAACCUAUCAACACAUUAGACUUUAUUCACAAUGUGAAUUUAUAUUUCAAGAUAAUAGCAUUAGCAACAACAGUAACAUUAACAACAAUAGUAAUUUAAAUGAAUCUACAUCAUCAACGACAACGACAACAACAACAACACCAUUAUAUAACAAUCAAAUUUAUUUAUUAAGACAAAUGCAAGAACUUUCGAAACCUGUUGGUAUCGGUUUGCAAAUGGAUAAACUACCACUGAGGGAUCUAUCACCUGAACAUCUGAUAGCUAUACACAAACUACUGUGGUGUCAUCUGCCAAUACACGUCAAGGUAUUGGCAUCUUCACUCAUGUCCACCAACACUAACCAUCCAUCGAUGGAACAAUUUCGUUUGACUCAAGACUGGAGUCUAGAAACGAGGAAUGUAACUUUUCUGGUUCUACAUUUCUUUAACCUCUUUUACAAAUGGGAUACCAUAAACUUUUUUCAUCCAAUCAUUGCAAAGUUACAAGAAAUUCUGAGGAAAUCAGAUGGUACAGUUACUGAUAUUAUUCAAAAAUCAGAUGGUGUGUUUGUUGUUUGUGCGAUGGGAUUACCACCAUUUUCAAGUGAUAAUCAUAGUGUUGCCGGAGUAAAGAAUGCUAUGGAUAUUGGCAGGAUGAUGCAGACUCACAAUAAGCAUUUCAUUCGUGAUGUCAAUAUUCUGGUGUUGACAGAGAAGAUUGUUUGUGGUUUGGUCGGUAACAAGACGAGAUCAGAGUAUGUGGUGAUUGGUGACAAGAUUCAUCAUGCCACACAGUGGUUGUCGACCGUACGAAGUCAAACUACUCUGGGAACAAGCAACAACAGCAAUACAGAUAACAACAAUAUCGACGAAUAUCAUCCAAACUCGGGUAGAUACUCGCAACAGCCAGUGUCUGAAGGUGGUUGGGUCCUGUGUGACGAUACCACCAGAAAGGCGUGUGACAAAGCUAUCACAUUCGAUACGGUUACCUAUGAUAUUCAAUUCUCACUGUCGUUAUUGAAGUUUAGAACUGGUCUAGUCGAUAUGUCAAACUAUUCAAUGAGUGGUUUAAAGAGAUCGGUCGAUCAUAACUAUAUUUAUAAUAAUCAAACAACUACAACAGCAGCAGCAACAGCUACAACAACAACAACAACAGCAUCAACUAAUAUUAAUGGUAUUAGAGAAAGAGAUAAUAUGGCUCAAGAUAAUAAUCAACAAGAUGCCGAUGAUGAAUCAGUCUCUGUUACUUUCUCACUUAGGAGCUCAGUUAAUUCAGAUCUCUCAUUGGAGAAUAACACACCGAUUGGUCAUCACUCACAUUCUUUUGACAAUGAUAAGCACCAUGAUAGUCGUGUUUCAUUCCAUUGCCUACCAUGGACACAGCAAAUUGCCACAAUGAUUACUUAUCGUCCACUUUCAAUUGCACAUAUACCAACUACAAUGGAUUAUCAAAUGGCAUAUUAUAAUAAUAACAAUAACAAUAGCAAUAGUAACAAUAAUAGUAAUGAAACAUGUUCCAUUGUUGGUAGAAAGAAAGAGAUAUCAAGUAUUCUAAAUAGAUACUCUUUGUUGACCGAACGUUUAACUUCAAGUUUUACAUUGAUUGAAGCGGAUUUUGGUUUGGGAAAGAGUUCAUUGGUGACAGAGAUUUAUAAGCAAUGCGCCAAGGAUGGAGCACAAGUACUCUGUGGAUCUUGCAGUCUACUUGAGAAGAGCAAAGCUUACAACGUUUGGACAGGUGUAUUCUCGGAUCUGUUCUUCUCAGAGUUUUCACUGGGUGAAACUCGUUUCGCACAUGCCGCAGGUGGAAAGCAACAAUAUCAGUUGUUAUCGUGGACACGUUAUAAGCACGUACAAUCAAUGCCACCCGAACAGAUUCGACAGUAUAUCUUUCAAAAGUUUACUGAUAGACGACCUGAGCUGCUACCGCUACUCUCCUUGUUGAAUCCAGUGUUGCGUAUUGAUUUCCCACCCAAUGAAAUCACCAAUCAAUAUAUGGGAUCGUCCGCCAUGCUGCUGGAAAAGACAUUCGAGUUGUUGGCCUACUUUCUUAGGCUGACGGCAUCGAGACGUCGUCUUGUAAUCAUCUUGGAGGACAUUCACUAUAUGGAUCAAGUUUCAUUGUCGUUGCUCAUGAAGAUAUCGUUUGCCAUCAGACCCAUCAUGAUCAUCGCUACCUCUCGUCCUCAGAAAGACAAACCAAAGGAACUAAACAGGAUUAUCAAAGCAUUUAGUCCUGCACCACCAGUAUCAAAAGAUUCAUCUCCACCACCUUUAAUUCAUACCUCAGAGGACGAACAAAAUCAACAUCAACAGCAAACAAAUCAACAACCUAUUAAUGUUGAACAGUUACAACAACAACAGCAUCAACAAACAGAUCAACAACCAAUUAAUGUUGAACAAUUACAACAACAACAAUCAUCAAAAUCAAAUUUGAUAACACCUCUAUCAUUUGAAUAUUAUGAAAUGCAACUUCAACCACUACCUACCUCUGCAAUUAGAGAGAUCAUAAGAAGACAGUUGGGUGUAAGGAUUGUGUCAAACAAUAUCUAUCAGCUGAUACAAUUCAAGUGCGAAGGUAAUCCUUUCGUUUGUAUAGAGAUGACCAAGAAUCUGAGAGAGCGUGACUAUAUCGUUGUACAUGAAGAUCAUUGUUAUAUUCAACCAAUUCAUUUCACAAGAGGAUUUCCUCCCAUAUCCGAUGUAUUAGAGUCGUUUUAUCUGUCAAAGGUGAAUCAUCUCACAAAUACAUUCUCAAUUAUCCUCAAAGUAGCAAGUGUGAUGGGACUCUAUAUAUUUCCCUAUCCACUGAUUCACCUUCUCUAUCCAAUUGGAUCGAAACGACCCUUUCUUCGUGAUAUCCUUCAAAAGUUGGUUGAGUCUGGUCUUCUUGUCAGCACGAAACGAUCACAACUCAGCUCAGAAUUUCUAUAUUUUCCGCCAUCCGCCUAUCUUCAAACAACAUUCAACAAAUCUCUUCAACAACAAAGUAGUAAUAAUAAUAAUCAUGGUAGUGUACCAAAUCUUUCUCCAAAGAUCAACAGCAGUAAUAGUAGUAAUAGUCUUGGUUAUAAUAACAAUAGAAAUAGUUUAAAAGACUUUUCAACAAGUAUGAAAAUUACAUCUAUUAUCGGUGGAUUCAAUCAACCUCCAACACCUCAACAUUCCUCUUUCAAGUUACCACCUCCUAUGAUUGAGGAUAUUGCAGAUUCCGAUGAGGAUGAUGAUGAAUAUGUAGCGAGUUCCAGUCAUUCGUUUAGGGACAGUAGCGGUCAACAAUCACAACAUCGAUACAGUACAUUUGGUCAAUCUUCAUUUAGAUCACUCAACAGUCAGAUGGAGAACUACUCAUCGUUGAACGGCACCAACUCGACUGCCGGGCGACCUUCACUCAAUAUUGGCGAGGAAGAUUGGAAUCAGUACUAUGGAUUCAAAAGUCCGUUGUUACAGGAAGCAAUGUACAACAGUUUGCUGCCUGCUCAACGACACUCGCUGCAUCAAAAGAUUGCCAAGUGGAUUGAGGAGACCUAUACUGCCGAUGAGCUGACUAGCUACAAUGAGUUGUUGGCAGAUCAUUGGUCAAAGACCGAUAUGACCUUUCAAGAGAAUCUCUCAAAGGCAUUGCAACACACGUUUGCCUCUGGUGAAGAUGCAGCGGGUCGUUUCGAUUAUCUCGAUAUGAUCAAGUAUCACUCGGAAUACCUCAACAUCUUCAAGACCUCCAAGACUGGAUCGAUUAUCAAACAAGAUACGUCAAGACGUUUCAUACCGAGUUCACCGCAUGCUGCCGAACCGAUAUUCAGUGAGUUUGACGAUAGUUUGUUGUGGGGACCACCACUUACCAUUGGCAUGACCAACGAAGAGCGAUUGAAAUACGUUGUUUCAACAAGGAGAAUAGCAGAGGGAUAUGCAAGUCUUGGUUACUUUGAGCAUGCCGAGCAAUAUUUCCUACAUGCCCUGUCGGUUGUCAAAGAACCACCUCCCAAAGCAUCGAGUACCCUCGUUGUCUCUGUGCUAACUCAAGUGACCAAACAAAACUUCUUCAAGUUUGCAUCGAAAAACAAACAUCAAGUGUACAGCGAUAGUUAUCUUUCACCAACUACAGCACUCACCUUUGAAACUGCUUGUGUCUAUUCCUCGUUGACCGACUAUUAUUUCAAAGGAAACAACUUGGCGUUGGCACUCUACUGUGCGAUGCAUGCCGUUCAAGGUAUGGAGAAUCAUCAGUCACUCACAGUUUGGAUGGUUUCACCCGAGCUUGCUGUUGCUUACGCGCGACUCUCGUUGAUCACAUCGAUCUACCCGUUCUGUGGAUCGGUUUCACCGUCACUCGGUAAACAAUCGCUAAAGAUUAUCGAUGACCUCAUCGUUGGCUACAUUCUUCAGGGCAACAAGAUUGCCGUUAGCAACUUGAUGACAUCGAUCGCAACUCUUGGUCUCAGGGAUGUCUAUCUUGGAUCUUGGGAUAGAGUGGAGGAGAUGAUCCGAAAGUGUACCGAUAUCUUUGAUCGCUAUCCUAAUUCCUAUAUUAAAGAUCGCGACUUGAUAUUGUUUGUGUUUGUUUCCUAUCGUCUGAUCAAAGGCGAACUGAACACGGUUCAUGCCAUCAUUGACGAGUGUCUUGCUCACAACCUGGCAUCGAUGACCUGGAUGGCAACUCUUACAUUCUACCAUAUGAAAGCGUUGACCCUUACGCUUCAAGGAAGAUACAUGGAUGCCUACCAAGUGAUUAUCGAAGCAGAGACAUCUAGACCGACCACCGAAGGCAUAGAAAUGAUCCUACGGCACUCUGUCACUUCAUCCAUCUAUUUUUCAAGAGGAGAGAUCAUCAAGGCACUCGAUGAUAUUGCUUCUAUCACCCCGCUCAUUGGUACAAGACCAGGUUCAUGUGGAAUUAGAAUCAUCUUUGCCUAUUCUCUAAUCUGCCGGUGUCUACUAAAUAUUGUUGAAAAGGAUCGUUUAAAAUCAACAGUAACCGUACCUAUAAAGACAUCGAUUAUUAUUCAUGAUCCAUCUAGUAGUAGUUCUUUAAACUCAACCAAAGAUAAUAAUAAUCAGAGUAGCAGUAGCGGUCAAUCAUCUUCUUCAAAUAAUAAUAAGGAUUUUGUUGCAUUUGAAUCUUUAUCAUUUCAAUCUACCAAUUCAUUACCAAAGAUGUAUACACUUAAAGAAUCAAAAAGAAAAGAUUCUAUUCCAAGUCAACAACCAAUUAAUUAUAAUCAAGAUUUAUUACAAACAAAUAAUAAUAUUAAUAGUAAUAAUAAUUCACCAACAAAUAACAAUGAAGUAAAUAAUAAUAACAAUAACAAUGGAGUUGGUGGAAAUGUUGGAUCAAAUCAAAGUAGUUCUGGAAGUUCAAAUGGUAACUCACCAGACUCUCCACUACUUCAAAUCAAUGGAAUACAAAUCUAUGUUGAUGAUAAUUAUAAUGGUGGUCAUAGAAAGAAUAGUUUAACAGGUGCAUUCCAACAACAGCAACAACAAUUUGAGUUGGAUACAUCAGAGAUUGAAAUGUGGAUAAAGAGGAUUAUCAAUGAAAUUAAGCUUAUGGAGAAGAUCACACCAUUCUCUUCGACAAGUUUCAAUAGGCUCAGUGGAGUGUUUACAAUCGUCUUUCCCAAUGGAAGUGGAUUCAAACAACGUGGUCUUGCACUGCUCUACAAGAGUGCCAAAGAGGCAAAGAUACAAGGAUUGCCACUUGAAGAAGCAUUGUCAUGGCAUGAAAUUUCAAAGUAUGAAGAUAAAUCUUCGAUCAAACAAAAGUUUGCAUGGAAGAACGCUCAAGAUUUAUAUCAGAGAAUGGGAAUUGAUCCAUCUGUGAUUUAA